UCGGUCUGCAUUUGCUUCAGUGGUGCGGGACGUAGAAUAGGAAUUCCGUUGAAGGGAAAUGCGAAGCGGCAGGGCGUUAGGGUAAAGAUAGGCGGAGUGGAGUGGAGGUGGGGGUUUGGGGGUCGUGUCUGUGUGAGGUGGAGUUCUAGAAUGACCGAAGCGAAUUUGGAACUGUGCACUGGUAACCCCGUAGCGUUUUGAGGCUUUUCAGGCAGAAUACUGGGACAAUUCAAGGACAUCUCCGGGAGUCAAAAGGAUAAAACUAUUUUCAAUGUCCAUGUUUCAACAAUCGCACAAGAUUGUUUCUGAUUGAUAGGGCUGCGCGCAGUGUUGCAUUAUUUCGUUCACCGUUGUGAAUCAAAUUUAGGUAGUGACAUCCGACCUGCUUACGAGCUGUCAACCUUCAAUCAUGACUAACCGUCCUUUCAACAGUUCCUCUGGAGCAGUCAAUUCUGAUACCAGAAAGCAAUCAAAAAGGUUCAAAGGUAUCCUUGAACCUAAGGGUCGAGUGAAAGGGUUCAGAGUGGAGAUUCGUCCGUCCAACUCCAAGUCGAAAAUUUGGGUUGGGACUUUUGACACGCGAGACAAAGCCAUGCGAGCGUAUGAUGCAGCUUUGUAUUAUAUCGGGAAGGACCCGCACUACUACUCAUACCCUAAAGGCUACUUUAGAAAGUGUUCACAGAAGCCGUCCAAAGAAGUUGUAGUUAGCGAGGCCAAGAGAUUCGCAGAGAAGACUGAUUUCCUUCUGAAGAAUAUGUCAGAUCUUGAAAUCGUGGAUGAAAUCUUGAACGAAUUGCCGGCUCGAGCUGUACUAUUUGAUGCGCCUUCUCAAGAUCUUCAAGUGGCCGAGCCAUUAUUAUGGCCUGAACUGCCCAAUCAAUUGCCUUUGAAAGCAUCUUCGGACGACCUUCAAGCGGACGAUUCAUUUUGGUCUGAACUGCAUAAUGAAUGGCCGCAUUUUGAUGUAUUCCCUCACGACCCUCGAAUGGACGAAAUAUUAUGGCCUGAAUUGCCUAUUGAAUCUCCCUUGGAAGGACCUUCUCAAGACUCUCAAGUGGACGAAACAUUAUGGUCUGAACUGCCCAAUGAGCCUCCUUUGGAAGCAUCUUCUCACGACUUUCAGGUGUGCGAAGGAUUGUUGCUUGGAUUUAACAAUGCAUUGCGUAAACCUUCGAAUGAAUCACCUGAACUUCCCAAUGAAUUGCCUUUGGUAGCAUCUUCUCACGACAUUCAAGUGGAAGAAGCAUUAUUGGCUGAUCUGAUCGAGAAAACAUCUUCGGAAGCACUUUCUUAUGCCCGUCCAAAAUGCCAAGAACCUUACGAUUGGCCCUGUUAUUGAUCCAAUGAAUGUCGUGUUGCCUGCGGGUUAUGACGAUCCUUCUUCAGACAAAUUUACAUCUAUUGGGUCGUUCCAGGGCGACGACAGAUCUGAAGGUUUGUGGGGGAUGGAUUUGCCGAUUAUGAAUUUGGAUUGCUUAUGUUGGGAUGACUUAAUCGUAUCGACCAUCACAAUGUGUAGUUUACGACCUUGUUAUUGUGAUAAUUCUACGAAGCGGUUGAAGAAUUUGUAUUGUAAGCUUGGUUGACGGCGAGAGACAACACUGACGACAUCUAUGAAAGCAGUUGUUACCCUCCAAAGCCUUCGAAACGGUGCUGUGUUCUUUUUUCAAAUGUAUACAAACCAUGCGCAGGGUUUUUUUUGCUGGGUCAAAGUAGUGAUUUAAAAAAAAUAAAAAAUAAAAAAAAUGUAAUUUUUUUACGUUUACAAUUCGAUCUAUAUGCUCCUUCAUAUUAUGUAAUGUCUAGGAUUCCACAAUACGUUGUGUGUGCACAGACUCGGCAGUUGUGUGUGCAUGGACUUGUUUUGUAAUACUAAAUUGGGAUGGCUUUUAAAUAUCGGAUGAGGAAUUUUGGGUA